UUCACCUACACAAUUAGGUACGCAUUAGAGACCCAGUCCCACUGAACCACAGAAUUUCUAAAAGAGAACGAUAUUUUUAUUCCUAAUAACAAAUACUAUUGCUGGAUUUAAAAGUAUUAAAACUUUAGCUCCGUAACGACGGCAAUGUUAAUUGCACAUAAAAGUUAACAGUUACACGAAAAGUGAGACGGUAUGUAUGGUGCCCCAAUAAGAGAGAUUGUGGAUUGAGGUGCUACAGUGACCUCACCACUUCAUUGACGUCAUGGAUUGCAAUUGUUUACGAUAACCAAGUUGACUAGCUGAGCACGGCAUAGUUUAAGUUUAUUAUUUCCUUGUGCCAAUCAAAUAACUCAGGUGAAUUUACUUAAAUGUACAAACGGUACUGAAAUGCAAUGCAAUGCAUUUGGUAUGCACAUACAUAUUUGCUAGUUAUGAGAGAAUAUAAUAUCGACUUCGUACUGGAUGCGUAAAAGUGAAUGUGUUUGAUGGAGCAAUAUGAAAAGAUGGGAUUUUCCCGUUAAAGUGAGCACAUUUUACUUAAUACUCAAUUAGCUGCACGGAAUGAAGUGUUUAUUGAUUGAAAAACGUUGUCAUCAAUAAAAUAAAAAGGUGACUAUUAUACAAAAAAUUGAGAUAUCUAAUUGAUGAGGAUCCGGGUCAAUAUCCGUCCAACCUUUAGCAUUCAGAUUGGACGGUACAGUGUCAAGUUAGAGUAAUAAAGGGCAGUGGACCUUUGUCGUCAUCGUCAGUGAUCCUCCAGGAUGAAGCCUCCAGCCGUGUCUCUUCUCGGGGAGAGAAGGAUUUCAUCAGCACUUUCCCUCUCUUAUGUUGACAUCAGCAACGCUGCAUUCGAGCUGGAAAAGUGUCGCAUCUCAAAUCUCAACCAAAGUGAUAGACAUUCGACCAUCAGCAUAAAAAAUGCUAUCAAGAAGACGAAGACGUUGCCUCUGACAAACUCUAAUAAAAUUUCAAAAAGUUCAAAAUUUUCGAAAAGUUGCAAAAGUGUGAUUGACUGUUGUGAAAGCGAUGGCAUCAUUCUCAACGUCAAGCUUCGAAAAAAGUUGAGCCAAAGCCUGAAAAAUAUUAACAUUUCCAGUCAAAAUUCUUCCGAGAACAAGAUCAACAACCGAUUCAGCCAGAGUUUAAAAGAGUCUCAACAGAUCUCGGACUACAACGAAAUGAAUAUUACUGAGAAUUAUGUGGCUCAAAUUUUAUCUGACCCUGGAGCUGGGAACUUCCGGUCAAUGGACGAAUUAAGGAUUUUGCAGAGCAAUUACCACUCUGACAGUGUUAUGCUCGUCCACGACAAGCUCUCCCUCACCCUCUCCGUCCCUGAUGUCACAACCCACGCUAAUAAUCAAGCCAGUCCUGACAAACUGGGACAUAACGCCCUCCGUCCCUCCGAGUGGACGAGUUGUUCUGUCCCAGUCCAUCAACAAGCUGACAUCCUCUCAAAUCUGAACAUGGACAAGACCAGGGGGUUAACAAUCAACUCGACAUACGAUCCCCUCCCUCGAUGUCAGUACCAACACCCAGGUCACGGCGGCAAGAAUAACACGACUGUGCUCCUAAUAGAACCAGGGGAAACUAAAGUUGCUACCUCAAGCAAUUCUGACAAUACCAAUACACUUGCCGUGAUUGGGCCUGAUGGGUCUGCCAUGUCCGGCAGUAGUGGGGGUGCCAGUGGGAGCAGUGGUCAAGGGCACAGUUGGUUCAACGGACUCUUGGGCUGCUUGAGACCUGUGUGGACAAUCUUGGGAAAAGCGAAUCAUGACUUGAAACAUCUCAAUCAAGCGGACGAUUGGGAAAUUCCAUUCGAACACAUAAGUGACCUCGAGUGGCUGGGGUCUGGAGCCCAAGGUGCUGUCUUCAAAGGGAAGUUGCGAAGCGAGUGGGUUGCUGUCAAGAAAGUUCGUGAUGUCAAAGAGACUGAGAUAAAGCACUUACGAAAGCUCAAUCACCAAAAUAUAAUUCAGUUCAAAGGAAUAUGUACUCAAACUCCAAUCUAUUGUAUAAUAAUGGAGUAUUGUCCGUUUGGAACGCUGUAUAGCAUAAUUAAUCGUGGAGAAGAAAUUCCCCCCAAAAGACUCGUGGAUUGGUCAAAACACAUCGCUUCGGGGAUGAAUUAUUUACAUCAUCACAAAAUUGUUCAUCGUGAUCUCAAGAGUCCCAAUAUACUUAUUGGAACAAAUGAAAUAGCCAAGAUUAGUGAUUUUGGAACGUGUCGCCACUACAAUGAGCAAAGCACAAAGAUGAGUUUCGCCGGAACUGUGGCGUGGAUGGCUCCAGAAAUUAUUCGCAAUGAGCCAUGCAAUGAACGAGUGGACACUUGGUCUUUCGGCGUAGUUUUGUGGGAACUGAUAACUUGUGAAACGCCCUACAAGGAUGUAGACUCUUCUGCCGUCAUGUGGGGAGUUGGCAACAAUUCUCUGCAUCUUCCUAUGCCUGCGUCUUGUCCCGAGGGUUAUAAGUUGUUAAUAAAACAAUGUUUGAGUCUCAAACCAAGAAACAGACCAAGUUUUAAACACAUUGUUCUCCACUUGGAUAUUGCCUCUGACGAAAUUUUAGCCACACCACCAGAUCAAUAUCUUCGAAUGCAAACUACCUGGAAAGAAGAGCUUAGAGAGCAGAUGUUGAAGGCGAGGACUCGGAAGUCGCAUUCGAAAGCGGAGGAUGCUGUAAUUCGCAAAAGAAAAGAAGAGCUUCGACAUGCGCAAGAUAUUAGAGAACAUUAUCUCAGAAAAUUGGAACGCACAGAGAACCUUUACGUUGAACUGAGCGAAUUUCUCGGAACGUUAAAACACAGAGAAAAGGAUUUGCUCAAGAGGGAGCAACAAGUAGGACUGAACCCAGCAUCCAAGUACAAACGACGCUUCAAACCGUUAUUCGAAAGCAAUUCGACAAACAACCAUUCCAACCCAGUGACUGUAGACUAUCCUCCUCGAACUCCACUGAGGAAAAGGACUGCUCUUCUUGUUGUAAAUUCCCACUCAACGGAUAAAACUGACGAUUCUACGACUCCCACAUCCCCAGAGCAUGUUUUGAGUGGGAUUUCUUAUAACGAGCAAGAUGAAACUAAUCCAGAAGCUUCAGAAACUCGAGAACUCUACACUGAAUUAAAUUUAUCCUCGCAGAAGCCUGAAUCGGUGUUUAGAGAGCAAAUUGAUGCAGAAAAUGACCUGCCAGCCACUGUCUCUGCUUUGGCAUCUUCUACUCCAACCACAACUGGAGGAAAAGGAAAAUGCCUGCCGUUACUGCUGAAUGCAAUAUCUGUUGACUCUGUGAAGACGAACAGAUAUCGCAAAUAUCGCCAUCGAAGAUCCAAGAGUCAUGAAAAUUAUUCUAAAAUCAUGUCUCCCAGGAAUAGUCCGCAUCUCGAAAGGGUUGUUGGGACUCCGGUCACCCACUCGUACUCACCGUGCGCGUCAUACUCUUCCUACCGUACAAAUUAUAAUCAUCUAGCUCAUAGCGAGACUCAGACAGACGAAUCCAGUUUUUGCGACAGUGCUGCAAAUACCCCUUCCUCAGUUCUCCCCAGUAUUCAAAACACGUACAACAAGGACCUCAAUUUUCGCCAACUGCACCUAAACCUGCCAACAUCCCCCAUGCGAGGAGAAGAUUCAAAAGUUACUGAUAUGUCUCUAAGCUCGGAAGCCAGUAGUUCUAAAACUCCUGGAUUCGAUACAUACCUCAAACAAAAGUCGUUUACGACCCCCACCGUGGAAGAGGAGGACCAAAUUCCGGAGGAGGACACUAGCCACGAAUUUCUCGAAGAAAACUCUCCUGGGGGUCUUCUUAACAUGAAGCGCUCCAUCUCUUCAACAUUGGACGAAGAGGACGAAGAGGACAAUCAUCUAGACCAUGCGAUCGGAGGGAUGAGAAAGUCGAAUAAUAAUAAUGAAUACCACAAUGGCGAAUCGAGUGACGACAUGUUGGACACCUUAGAUCGUGCUGUAACACAAUUGUAUCGAAACACCAAUGGGAACGGGAGACGAAGGAGUCCUCUGACCUCGUCAUCGUCCACUCCAUUCCCGUGUAGAAGAUGCAAGUGCACAUGCAGCAGUAGUGUAGCCUCAUCCGGCCCACACUCUUUUCCCAAUGGGAAUACAAACAAUCUUGGGGGAAGGAAAGGCCGUCACGUGACUGAGGACGAGGAAGAUGACGACGAAGACGACUACGAAUAUGAAGACUAUGUUGACGAUGAUUAAUAAUGACCAGUUUCUCAAAAUUUAGUUUCCCUUAUUUUAAAUUACAAAAUUCGAUUAUAUUUGUUAUAUUGUGAUAAAUUAAGUGAAUUAAAAACACGAUGAGUUUAUGUAAAUUGUUUAAUCGCUUCAAAUGAUUACAUAAUAAAGCUCCCUAUUAGCUUAAAUAUAAAUACUGUUAGACAUGAGUAAAGAGAGAAUAUAAUAAUAAUAUAAUUAAUAUAAUAAAUCGACUAUAAUAAAUCGACAAUGUCAAAAUAACAA